UCCGGCGAGUUCGUCCGCUGUCAAGUCAACGCAGAACAUCAUGGGUUCUCAAUCUGAUGAAAGCACUGGUCCAUUCUGGGAGAAAAUUUCUAGUUUAUCUGUUAUCGUCUUCUUCAUCAUUUCCUACUUAACUUAUUAUCUUUUGUUUGUUGUUAAGAAACCUCGAUUAGCUUGCAGGGAUAAAAAAUUUAAAAACUUUCUUCUGGAGUACUGUCCCAUUCUACAUGAGAAAUUUAAGCCAACAUUUUGGUGUUUUGAAUCCAGAGCUCAGACUAUAAUGAGGGCAAUCCUGAAAUCUUCUCCAAAUGUUUCUUUUGAGAGUGAAUUGGUUCUCCUGCCCGAUGGAGGACAACUAUUACUUGACUGGUUUGACAACAGUGAGUCAGAAUUUAAGGAUGUCAGAACUCGUCCAACCAUCAUUUUAUUACCAGGAUUGACAGGCACAAGUAACGAGUCCUACAUCACACAUCUGGUUCACCAGGCUGCGCAGCAUGGCUAUAGGUCUGUGGUAUUCCAUAACAGAGGUAUGGGAGCACAACUGUUGACACCUAAGACAUACUGUGCUGCCAAUGUUGAGGAUCUGGCCUAUGUGGUAAACUUACUGAAGGAGCGUUUCCCAGACACACCAUUCAUUGGAGCAGGGAUUAGUCUGGGAGGGAUGAUUUUGUUUAAUUACCUGGCCAAACUUGGGGACCAGUGUAAGCUGGAGGCUGGUAUGUGUAUAUCUGUUGCCUGGAAUGUGUUUGAGUCAGUCCUGGAAAUAGAGAAGCCUGGUCUCAACAGACACGUGCUGAACCGAACCCUGGCUAAAGGACUGGUUAAUCAUGUGAAGAGUAAUAUGGCACUUUUUGACAACCACUUGGAAGAUAUUGAUCAUGUGUUGCAGUCCUCCACUAUUCGUGAGUUUGACUCCAGGUUCACAGCUAAGAUGUUUGGUUACCCCUCCUGUGAUGAGUAUUAUCAUGACGCCACCCUACACAACAAAAUCCAUGCCCUGAGAGUUCCUGUCCUAGUCCUCAGUGCAGAAGAUGACCCAUUCUCCCCCUCUCAUGCAAUACCAGCUGAGGAAGCAGAACAGAAUGACAAUAUCGCCAUAGUGAUAACCUCUCAUGGCGGCCAUAUUGGAUUCAUGGAGGGAUUGUUACCUCAUCAUGAAGGCUACAUGGACCGAUUGUUUUCUCAGUAUGUGAAGGCAGUUUUCACUCACGGCCAACAGCACCUUAAACAAGACUAAACUGGACCCUCUAGGGUAUCAAACCAGAUCUAAAUGUCUUCA